AUGUGUACGAUUGAGAUGCCGAUGUAUGACAUUAUAAUCGCGUUGUUAAUAAAAUACGCUGAUAGAGUUGCAACGCCUGUAUUUAACCAUGAUCCAGCUGCACACGCUCCGGCCCCGCCAUAUCCCAACUCAUGGAUAGUUAUUAUGGUGUCGAGUGAACUGACCCUCAAUGAAGUCAAGCUUUUUGAGAUGUGUGGCCAACAGUUGGUGGCAUUCAGAGGUCCGACGGGUGCUGUUCACGUGUUGUCCGCCUAUUGUCCACAUUUGGGCGCAAAUCUCGGUGUCGGCGGACAUGUGGUGACUGAAUCGGGCGACGACUGUAUUCAGUGUCCAUUCCAUGGCUGGAGGUUCAAAGGACGGGACGGACAGUGCAAACGCAUACCUAAUCUGACCGAUUCUGAAUUAAAGCCAUUGAAAGCUGGGGUCAAAAGAUGGCCCACAUUUGAAGCGAAUGACUUGAUAUAUGUUUGGCACCACUCGGACGGUGUGAACCCCGACUGCGAUCCCGAAGACUUUGUGAAGCAAACUGGCCUUUCAUUGAAACAACACUCGUGGAUGAGUAUACCUGUGGCCUGUAAUUACACCGUAAUAAAUAUGAAGACGAGUGACAAAAUAUACUCAACACAAAGAAUACCGGCAUUUGAUUCAUGGAUCUCAAGUGUCACAGGUAUACUCAUCCACGAGUGUUGUUUCAAUGAAAGGCCAGUUCACGUCACAAAGUCUUCGGAAUCGCAGUCGGGGUUCACACCGUCCGAGUGGUGCCAAACAUAUAUCAAGUCAUUCGCUUCAAAUUAUGAAUGCCGACGAGAUCUGCAAAAUAUUCACCAAAUAAUGACUUCAGCAGAAGUAUCAUUCAAAACAAUGAACGUGUUCAAUGUGAAAACACUGACCAUGGUGGGCGAGAAUGCGUUCGCCAGUUCAGUCAAUACGACCACAUCUUUGCGGAUCAGCUCGUGUUCACUGAAGUCCAGCGAAUCCUUAUUUAAAGCCAUUUCACAAUUGGUUCGCUUGACUUCUGUUGAUCUCUCAGACAAUCAGGAGAUAGCAGAUAAUGCGUUUGGGCCUAACCAGCAUCAGUUGACCAUGGUGCUUCUGGACAGGAACCAACUGAAGACCCUUGGUAAAAAUGCGUUUAAACCACUUCAUGGGUUAAAUUGGUUGGAUUUAAGCGACAAUUUAUUGACAAAACUGGCGGACAAUUCAUUUACACUGCAAUCAGUAAACGGCUCGCAAUACAAUCCCAUAAAAAUUAACUUCAAACUGAACCAAAUCGCCCAAAUCGGUGACCAGGCCUUUGCCGGACUCGACCGACCCGUCACUCUAGACCUGUCUUUCAACAAUUUAACGCAAUUAACGGCCAAUACAUUCGCCCAUAUGUUAAGCUACGAGCCCUCGAAGAUUAUUAUUAAAGGAAAUCACGUGAACUGUGUCUGUGGUCUGAAAUGGGUUUACGUGAACAGCACUAUAAGGCCUAAGAUGUCGGGUCCCCUCCGAUGCGAUGAUAAGCGCUACUACUCCAGCCUUACGGACACUGAUUUUAAAAAUUUUAAUUAA